GGAGUUACUUUCAUGAUUUAAAAAAAAAAAAAUUUGGGGCUUCACCGAACAAAUAAAAAUAGACGCAGCAGCCCUUGCUUGAGGAUCCGAAAGACGGGGGAUAUGGAGGGGUUACUGUUACAGGGAAUUCAGGCGAAAUCAGAGAUCCGUUCAAAGACAUGAAAACCUGGGAGCUUUCUGCUACUUUAUUACAUCGAUCAGAAUUGUGUCACGAAAUGGGGUGAUUUCUCCAAAAGCCAUGAGGAAGAAGCUCGACACUCGUUUCCCUGCACUGCUUCAGGAAUCGUCACAUUCACCUGUGUAGAAUUGUCGGGGUAUAAAUCACAUAAUUUUUCAAGCUGUUGUCAUACCCAGCUCGUCAGAAAGCCGUAUUUGUGGUCUCGAAUUAAGAAGAUCAUGCAAGCAGAUGAGGAUAUUGGGAAGAUUGCAUUGGCAGUGCCUGUUUUAGUAUCUAAAGCUUUGGAGUUAUUUUUGCAAGAUCUUUGUGGCAGGACAUAUGAAAUAACUCUCCAAAAAGGAGCGAAAACUAUGAACUCUUUGCACCUAAAGCAUUGUGUGCAAAGAUACAAUGUGUUUGAUUUCUUAAGAGACAUAGUGCAAAAGGUACCAGAUUUGGGUGGGUCUGAAGGCAUUGGUGAUGACAGAAGCAUAUUAAGGCGGAGGAAGAACCUAGAGGAAGAUGUCGAAACUGAUGAAGUGAAGAGGGCAAAGGCGGGGAUCCAUCUAAUGAGCAGAAGGGGUCGUGGGAGGGGUGGUAGAGGCAGGGGUAGGGGUAGAGGCAGAGGCAGGGUUAGUGGCAGAGACCGCAUCGACAUUGAAAAUUGCGAGGAUGAUGUAACUGUGUCGACUGAGCAUGACAAACCAUGUGGCGAAGGAGUAAUAUUGGAAGAUGAAACUGAAAGAAAGGAAAACAUAGCCAGCAACACAACUAGCCCUACUGGAAUUAACUUUGAUCUUAACAUGCACGUGAAUGAGCACACUACAGGCAAGCAAAUAACGCAGGACGAUAACCAUGUGGAGUAUCCAGGAUGGUCUCUCCCCGAAAUUGGUAUUGACACAUCUCAGCUUGUUCACUUCGACAAAACAUUUGAGGAGGAUGAGGAUUAUGACAAUGAAGAAGGAUGACGAGGAUCCUUUGGCUUGUAAUUGUGCCCUAGAUUUUGUAAAAUAACAGUACACAUAAAGAUAGCUUUUGACUUUAUUUUGGUAAA